AUGGCCGCUCAGAUCAACGCUAUGAUAACGAGUUUGAUAGGACUGGUGAUGUUUUGUUUAUUUACUGCUGAGAUAUAUCAUUAUUACGGUCAUCAUAUUAAACUCAUGAUUUCGAGAAGAUCAUUGGGAAAGGGGAAAAAAUUGACGCAUUUGGAAGUCAAAUUCCCUAAGAACUACCACGCUACCGGAAGGCUCUUUCUCCCUCAUAGCAAGAUCGUGGAGCCGUUUGAAAUUUGGUUUACGUCAGAAUUGAACAGAAGUCGAAUUGACUACUAUUAUGGUAUGUGACCAAGUAACAUGCUCAUAUGGCACUUAAACUAUCUACUCACUCUUCAGUUUAACUUCUGAGUCUAAUAGGGAAACUGUUGAUGAAAAGUGUAUUGCUGUACAUCUGCUUCAUUUUUUUUUCUUCUUAGAGGGUAAGUUGGGCGGGCGCGGGUCCACGCCUGAAGUGAAGUUUUACCUCACCAGCCUAUUCACAGGGAUACCGGUCUGUACUCGUCCGUGCAUCCAGAAAUCUGCCUUUGAUAUUUUGGACGAUCAGAGAGCUUUUGUGCCUUUCCCUGAACGUAUCUCAGAGAUAGCCUCAAAUACAAUGAACGAAAAAUUGCGCGCUGAAUUGUACCAUUACACAUCGACUUAAGUCACGUAAAGUUGACUUCAUGCGUAAAUGUUUCUUGGACAAUAUUUUAUGUAGAACUAAAAUUCCCAGGCCUUCCAUACCAAUAGACAGUGAAUGGUACAAAAGAAGCAGCAUAAACAACACCUUUAAAAGGAAAAUCACUGCCUUCCAUGAAUCACUGUCAGCAGCAAAAGUGGGUUUUAGCUUCUGAUAUUGUUGAUGUUGUUUUUAUAUCUUAAAGGUACGGACAAGACAUACCAAAGGGCAGACCUUGGCGAGUAUGGGGUGACAUUCAAAGUAGUACCAAUGUACACAGAGAAAGAUGGUAAUUAUAUCGGCUGCUGGAAACUUGAGGGACACAAAGGAUGGCCUAUUAUACCACAGCCUAUUGUGCCCAACAUGACCUACUUUACGGUUAGACACUUCGACACCAAUAUUUAACAAAUGCCAUACCUGUUAUUCAGCACUCGAUUCUCUCAUAGCUCGAACCUAAGGUUUCCUCGAACAAUUUUGUAAAUUAUUCCUCAAUGUAGAGGUUUAAAUAUGUUACUAGAGUCGUAAUAGUGACGUGAAAUAUGUUAUUCUUCGAAAGUUCACGCAAAAAGAGAACAGCUUAGAUUUGACAUCGCUACAUUAAACUGAGCUCCUGGUUUGACUCCAAUCGCCAUACUGAACUAUUUUACCUCGACAUUUGGCUAAUCUCUUUUCUCCCACAGUACGCAGGUGAGGAAGUAUACAUGGGCACGCCUGUCACAAAGUGGGAAUACCGCUACCUUGUCUUUGACAUGCUGAAUACUCACACUCUCCUGGUCAGCAAGAUCGGACCAGUCCAUCCCGUGCGUUAUGAGAUGAAGGGUUAUGACAGUCUUAUGGCGAGUUAUUAUGAUAGUUACGUGUUGGAAUAUAUUUCAUUUGAAGAAUGGAAACCUGACUUGGACAAGUUUGAGUUACCAAAAGGUCAGUUGUCGUUUACAUCCUGUAGUCCAUGAUGCAAUUAUUUCUAUUUUACAAAACUCUUUUAAAGCUCAUUUGUUCUUACCUUCUCUGUUUCCUUUUUUUCACUGUUUUGUGUUGUCGGUUAAGACACUUCAAUCCCAUAGCCCCUCUCUCCUCCUUGAUAAUAAACGGUUACCAGCGAUGCUUUAAGAAAACAAUGCGAAAUACUGGGAUGGGUAAAGGGGGGGUUAAGGGGAGAGACUGUUAUUCUUAAAAGGAUAACUACAAAGGAGAAGCAGUUUUCGGUAGCAGUGUGUUAGUGAGAGCGUAACUCAACCUCAACCUCAACCUACCCCAGCCAUGUAUUCCAACGCUAUGCGUGAGUAGCUGUGUUUUACAGGGGUGUCCUUUUUUCAGAUCAAUGGUGCUACAACUGGUCACACUCUUUAGACUCUCAUUUUGUAUCAAAUCCCAUGGGUGAGUUUAUGUCUUAUGGAGAGGACCUGGUGGAUGAGAUGUACCACAUUUACAACCAAAAUCACGGCAAGGUCCAUGAUUCUAAACAUGAACACGUGAAGAGAAAGCACAUUUUCCGCCACAAUAUGAGGUAAGAGUGAGGGAAAAGCGAAUUUUCAGGAUCACUCACGAGGAGGAGUAAAGCAAAAUCAAGUGAAUCACAGAUUACCAUGUGAAAUUUAUAUGUACUCACUAUGUCACCUGUGUUUAAUGGUACCUUUUUCCUUAAGCAGGAAUGGCGGCGUGAUAGUUUUGAAAGGCGAUUGUCUCCGUCGUGCUUGUAAUUCUUUGCUUUCCAGAGAACGACAAGAUUCUGGCCUUCACUUAAUGUCUAUGCUAAGACAUAGAACUUUACUUCCUUUAGGUACAUCAGGUCAAUCAACCGACAGAAUCUUACUUACAAACUGGCUCCGAACCAUUUGGUCGAUCUUACCGACGAAGAAUACGACGGUCAUGGAGGUAUGAUAGAGGGCAGCUUGGUCAACUUAUUAAAUCAUUAUUGUGGUAAAGCUCAAAUUAGGUUACUUCUACAGAAAAAUAACACAUCUGGUUGGUACAGUCCAUAUUUCAGCAGUUGGAUUCAAGUUUCCAGUCUCGGAUGAACUUAAGGUGUAAAAUAAUUUUGAUAUGCGUAAGGAUAUACCCAUUCAUUUGAAAUAUGUUAAAGUCAGGAUGACGACAAAUGCAAUGAAAUGUAACUAAUUGGUGAUUUGUGAUGUGGAAUAUAAGGAUAUGGGAGAUUAAUGAUGUUUACUUUGAUUUUACUUCGUUUAUUUGCAGGGGCUAACGAGGAUAACAGUACGGAACAUGAAGGAAGUGUUCAUUUGGAGGAACAUGAAGCCCAUAGUAAUAUGAUGUCGGCACCAAAGGCUAUUGAGAUUCCAGAUGAGUUAGACUGGAGAGAUUUCGGUAGGAGAUGAUUCAUUCUAGGGUUCUUAGUCCAUUUGUCAAGACGCUUACAUAUUUACAUCCCAAAUUAGCACCUUACACAUAUUGAGACUAUUGUCAGAUUUCAAACAAAUCGUCUCAUUUUGGGCGGUUUCGUCUAAUUUGGGAUGGUUCCUUUUUUUUCGCAUGGUUGCGCCUCAUUUACAAACAGAGGUGAUCACUAAAUGUAUGAUCUUGGCAUACAUAACGAACCCAACUCGAUUUGCAAUAAUUUGUUUGCAGGGGAAGUAACACCAGUUCGAGGUCAGGGGAUAUGCGGUUCGUGUUACGCCUUAGGAGCCGUAGGAACCGUGGAGGGAGCAUAUUUCCUGAAGGUAUGAAUCAUUCAGCUUAAAUAAUUUUGUCCUUGUCUUUUGUUCCUUCAUAUCAAUCAUAGCGCCUAACCCUUGGGUUUUGCGGUCGUUCUUAGACAGGUCGACUUGUUGAACUGUCUGCACAGCAGAUAGUUGAUUGCUCCUGGGGGUCUGGGAACCACGGCUGCAGGGGAGGCUGGUAUAACAAAGCACUCAGCUGGAUUUAUCUGCAUGGAGUAGCGAAGGCAAAGAAUUAUGGGCCCUACUUAGCUCAGGUAAGGGCUUUAUUCGCGUGUUAUUGCGCAUUCUGUUUGAGUAUCGUAAAAACAAAUCCAAGUUAACUAUCACUACUUAUAGGCAAACUGAGUCACUCAAAUCAACACAGAGCAUUAAUCAUUAUUGAAAAGAUAAAAAAAGUACCAAACGUUGGAGAACGCUUUAUUGUUCAUUAUAGGAAGGAACGUGUGAGACCAUUGGACUCAAAGAGCGAAUAAAAAUCGACGCCUUUGCCUUUGUCCCUAAGUACAAUAACAGUGCACUUAAAAGAGCCAUUGCCAAGUAUGGUCCCGUCUGUGUUUCUAUCAAUCAAAAGCCCCUCUCUCUGAAGUUCUACAGCUGGGGAGUCUACGAUAACCCCGAGUGUGGUAGGUACCUGCUAUAUUUGUUUUUCAAACUCGUGCUUGUUGUUGAAAACAAUCAAAACAAAACAACCAUAACUAGCCUGAUACUGAGCUCAAUUUUUUUUUUGCAUGUCGGCAAUUGCAUGCCACUCAGAAUGACAAAAGAGAGUGGCAGGGUUCUCAUGUUCAUGCGCUUUUCUGAUUGGCGCAUGGCAGUCGUGUCUCAUAGGUCUCACGCUGUCAUAAAUCGGCAGGUUACGUUAUCUAUGAAAUCUGACUUUUCCUCGUCAAUUUGCGCUUUAGAUAACAGCUCUACACUCCACACGGUUCUGGUGGUUGGUUAUGGCAAAGAGAAUGGAGUUUCUUAUUGGUUGGUAAAAAAUUCGUGGUCCGCGACCUGGGGAAUUGACGGUUACAUCAAAAUGGCAUGGAAAGGCAACAUUUGUGGAGUUACAAAGAACCCUGUGGUGGCCUUAAUGAAUCACACUACUUUUCAGUUUCCUGUCAAGGAGAAAAUUAACAAUGCUUAUCCAUUGAAUCCAAAGUUUAUGGGAAGGAAAAUACAUGCACAACAUAGGCCAGGUAAAAACAGAAAUGGAUCUAAAAGCGAAUCGAUCUCGUCUGGUGAUAGAAAUAGUAAGGGAAGAGUUACUUCAAUUUCAACUAAGGACUACUUGGGGCACUCAGACGGGAAAAACGGAGAAAAGUCUUUUGGAGUUAAGGAAUCUACAAGAACUUCAAACAGAAAUAAAUCAAAUAAAGUAAUUUUAAAUAAAGAUGAGAAAGGAAAGGUCGAGAUGAACCGAAAAAUUUACUCAAGGAAGGAGGAAUUAGCAACGGAAAGCGUCGAUGAAAGCACAGGAAAGACUUCCAAUAUGGAUAUUCCACCACCUACCUCUAAGACUCUCGACCUUUAUUUAAAAAGAGAUGGAAAUAAUGCGGAUAGAAAGCCACAGUUAAGUAAAUCACCAGAAAUUUUAGCAAAUGAUUUUUACGAGGGUUACAAUGUUUACAGGAGCGAGAAUUUUUCACCCUAUGGUAAUCGUGACUCAGCUUAUAAAUAUCCAGAGGAGAAUAAUGCGUGGACUCAAGCGAGAACUUAUACCGAGCCAAGAUAUUUCAUCCCCUCAUAUGAUUACACUGCCUAUGAUUCGUAUCCUGUGGAGUUAGCGGCACCUUAUGAUAAAAAUUAUGAAUUGAGGAGCGAUAAAGAUCCAUGGUAUCCUAGCGACAGGAAUCAGUGGUAUCUUAGCAACAACGCCGCUCCAGGAAUUGAUACUCAAAACAAUAAAAUACAAAAUGAUUUAGAGACUUUACCAUCUCAAAUGGUAGCUAAAACACAUGAACCGGUAAAUGCAAAAGAUCAUGGCAUGAUUAGAACAGAAGUACAAUCAACUGAUUCAACGAGAACUACAACAGUUACAGCAACAAAAGCAACGAAGAGAACGAAGCAGCUUAAUAGCCGACCACGCCCAGCCAAACCUCCCAGACAUUACACCGGUAAAUUACAAGAAAUUUAUGAUAAUCUUGAAAGAGUCAUUGCAUCCAGCCUGAAGAAGAACACAAGACUUCGCGGUUAA